AUGACGCUGCUGACCGAGGAGCUCAAGAGCGACGAGGUGGAGACGCGCAUCAAGGCCAUGCGGCGGCUGCGCACCGUGGCGCAGGCGCUGGGCCCGGAGCGCACGCGCUCGGACCUGCUGCCGUUCCUGCGCGAAGCCACCGAGGACGAGGACGAGGUGCUCGUGGCGCUGGCCGAGGAGCUCGGCGGCUUCGUGGACCUCGUGGGCGGCACCGAGCACGCGGCCGCGCUGGUGGAGCCGCUCGAGGUGCUGGCCGGCGUAGAGGAGACCGUGGUGCGCGACCGCGCCGUCGAGUCCCUGCAGAAGGUGGUGGCCGUGGUGCCCGGCGUGGGCGACGUCAUGGUGCCGCUGGCCAAGCGCCUGGCCGAGGGCGACUGGUUCACGUCGCGCGUGUCCGUCUGCUCGCUCUUUGCGCCCAUCUACGGCAAGCUCGCGGACGCCGGACGCAAGAAGGAGCUACGCGACUUCUACCAGCUCAUGUGCAAUGACGACACGCCCAUGGUGCGCCGCGCGGCGGCCGCCAACAUCGGCAAGUUCGCGGCCACGAUGGAGAAGGAGCAUGUGGCCUCCAUGAUUCUGCCGCUUUUCCGCGCGCUCACGGCGGACGAUCAGGACAGCGUGCGUCUGCUCGCUAUUGAGAACUCGGCGGCCAUUGGCGAGCUGCUCUCGCAGGACGAGAACUCGAUGCACGUGCUCCCGAUCGUGCGCUCGUCGGUCGAGGACCGCUCGUGGCGCGUGCGUUUCAGCAUCGCCAAGGACUUCUUCCCGCUGUCCCGCGCCAUGGGCACGCAGAUCACCGAGUCGGAGCUGCUGGGCUGCUUCAGCAACCUGCUGCAGGACGCGGAGGCUGAGGUGCGUGCUGCUGCGGCGAAGAACUUGUCGGGCUACAUCUCCAUUAUCAAGAGCGAGCUGUUUUCGAGCGAGAUCCUGCCGCUGCUGUCGGCUCUGUCCCAGGAUACCGCCCCCAACGUUCGCACUGCUGUUUCGAUCGCGUGCAUGGAGCUCGCGCCCAAGCUGGGCGAGGCUACGUCCAAGUCGACGCUGGCGCCUCUGCUGCUGCUCUUCUUGCGCGAUGAGGUCGUUGACGUCCGGCUUAACAUUCUGAAGCGUAUGGAACUUCUCGCCCAGUGGAUGGCUUCUUUUGAGUCGGUGCUUCUGCCGGCCAUCGCCGACCUCGCGCGCGACCUGCAGUGGCGUGUGCGUGAGGCUGUGAUCCUCUCCAUCCCCGCCCUCGCCGGCAGCCUCGGCGGCCAGUAUUUCCAGGAGCACCUGCUUGAGAUCUACGUUAGCGCGUUCACGGACAUGGUGGGUGAGGUUCGCCUGAGCGCCACGAAGAUCCUGCCGCAGCUGCUAGAGGCCCUGGGCAGCGACUACAUCCUUCAGAACGUUAUGCCGCGCUUGAACCAGAUCUUCGACAAGUCCGUGAUUUACCAGGAGCGCGUGAAUGUGCUGCAUGCGCUGAAGCAGAUGGCCGUGGAGAAGGUGUCCAGCGACCUGUUGACCCUUAUGAUGACGCUGGCGAUCCGCGGCGCUCACGACAAGAUCCCCAACGUUAGAUUCGUGGCCUCCAUGACCUUAGAGCAGCUGUGUAAAUUCGCCGAUGCUUCCGUGGUCUCGGCUCAAGUCCGACCCUGCCUGACGGAGCUGGUGAACGAUUCCGACAUGGACGUCAAGUAUUACUCGAGUAUCGCGCUGGAUGCUGUCCAGGGCUAG